UCAGAGGGACAGGGAGGGAAGGAAAGGAGUCCAAGAGAAAUCUUAGAAAUAUCAGGUUCAAUUCAACUCAUUUCAAUUUAGCAAUUUUUUCUGAGGACCCAGUGCCUAGUGUGGGGCCCACAGUGGGCACCCAGUGAAUGUUUGUUGAUGAGUGGAUGAGUGAAUGAUUUACCUCUCGUUUCUAAGCCCUCCCCACCCCCGUAUUCUCACGUCUCACAAACAUGCACUGAGCAGCUGACUGCCAAGCUCUCUGCCAGCCCCUGGGCACACAUUCACCUGCCCAGCCCCUGCCCAGAGAGCUCCCGUCUAGGAGCUGGCCGACUGUGACUGACGGGGCAGGACGGUGAGGGGGUGAGGAGGGGGUCCUGGGACAACGUCACAGGCAGGUCCCUCCCUCGCUUGGAUGCUCCUCCCAGAACCCCCUCUGAUUCAGUCGCUCUGCCCACAGGUUGUCUCCAGCUCGGCUGUUCACCCUCCAGGACUCUGUGCUCCGGGGCUGCCUGGCAGCUGGGAGUCUCCUUAGAGCCUGGGCUCUUCUGGCAGAGGCUGAGGCUCACCAGUGUCUUCUGGCCCCUCCAUGAGUGAGGCAAACGGAACCCUUGUGGGGCCCUCGGAGCUCCCCACCACAUCAGCGGUGGCCCCUGGACCGGGCGGCGGGGCCCGGGCGUGGCCUGUGCUGGUGGGGGUUGUGUUGGGAGCCGUGGCCCUCUCUCUGCUCAUUGCACUUGCUGCCAAAUGCCACCUCUGCCGCAAAUACCGCGCCAGCUACCAGCACCGCCCGCUGUCUGGGACGGGGAAGGGGGCCCGCCCCCAGGUGGGUGAAGAGGAGGAGGAGGAUGGCUUCAUCGAGGACAAUUACAUUCAGCCCGGGGCUGGCGGGCUGGGGCUGGAGGGAAGCAGGGAUCACUUCUCCCUCUGAGCCCUCGUCGUUGGACCUGCCCACCCCCACCCCGAGGCCUGAGAGCUUAAGGAUAGCAGAUACCUGGUGGGACCAGAAGUCUCAGGGAUUGGUGGCCAGGGCUUCAGGGCUGACCGGGAGGAGAGCCGGGUCCCUUCCUUGAUACUAGGCACCAAAGUGACCACGCAUGACCAUCCCUUGCUCAGUAGCCCUUGAUGGCUCCCUGCCGCCCUCGGGAUGCCGCCCACCAAGGGCCUGACUGUGAAAUCAGGCCUCUGCCAGCCCUUGGUUUCCUUUGUCACCGGUCCCUGACUUCCUCCCUACUGAGCCAAUUCCUUCUGAUUCCUCCCCCUCCUACUCUGCUGUUUCUUUUGCUCCUCUGCCUCUCUGCCCUCUUGUUCUCCCAAACAUAGAGGAUGCUCUCAUCCUCUGUAACAGUGAUGAAAAUCCCCGGCCAGUCGACCCCGUGUGGCCUGCCCACCUGCCAGCAUUUCAGAUGCGCUCAGACGGUCCCAUUUCAGCAGAUGAAAACCAGGGUGCCAAGUUUCUUACUGAGAUUGUUUUCCCAUCAAUAAAGCGGGUAAUCUAAAUGGU